ACUUCCUUUGAUUGUUAUGCUGCGUACGACAUAUCUUGGAUAUCAACUUUUAUCAUGGAACCGAUCGACCGUGAUACUAAUUCUCUACAAUGGACAGCUAAGUAUAUAUUGCCAAGGAACAACACUUAUGCUAUAGUAAUAUUAUUCAUAGAG